AUGCAGCAGAAAAGAAACAUGCAGGUCAUCGAGUGGGAGGACCUCGACAAGACAAGGUUCUACCCGAUUGGGGUGAUGAUGAAGAUGAUCAUCCGAGUCACAGACUACCCAGCAACACUCAUCCGCACGCAGUUGCAGGUGCAGAGGGGCAAUACGCUCUACAAUGGCACUUGGGACGCCUUCUUCAAGAUCCUGCGGGCGGAGGGCGUACGGGGCCUCUACCGUGGCUUCAUGGUCAACUCCCUCACGGUCGUCUCAGGGCAGGCUCACAUAACCACCUACAUGCUGGUGAGGAAGUAUGUCUCCCAGUAUACAGAGGACAACACGAUGAAGUCGCUGGUGGCCGGCGGCUCGGCUUCACUGGUCGCUCAGACCUUCAGCGUUCCUAUAGAUGUCGUCUCUCAGCAGCUGAUGAUGCAGGGCCAGGGGGCGCACCUCUCCCGCUUUCAACUCAACUCAGAGGCUGGAAAGUGCAAAAUACUGUUCGGCCAAACCAGGAACAUUAUGAGUCAGAUUUAUGCUGCUGAUGGUUUCCGGGGCUUCUACAGAGGAUACACUGCUUCUUUAAUCACUUACAUCCCAAACAGUGCGGUCUGGUGGCCUCUCUAUCAUUUUUAUGCUGAGCAACUCUCCAAACUGGCUCCCAGUGACUGUCCUCACCUGGUUCUACAAGGCAUUGCUGGACCUCUCGCUUCUGCCACUGCCUCAACGGUCACCAACCCAAUGGAUGUGGUUCGAGCCAGAGUCCAGGUUGAAGGCAGGUCUUCAGUCAUUGAGACGUUCAGACAGCUGAUCAAAGAGGAAGGCUACCGGGGUUUGACCAAAGGACUGACUGCUCGCAUCAUUUCAUCCACACCCGCUGCCAUCCUCAUGGCCGUCGGCUUCGAGACUCUAAAGAAAAUGAGUUUGCGAUCAAAGCAGGUGGAUUCGACACAACGGUAA